GCGCUCCCCGCCUUUAUAACCCCGACUGGCCUUUUCGAAUUCAAUGUCAUCCCAUUCGGCAUCAAGAACUCGCCCGCCGAGUUCCAACGCGCAAUGGAGUCCUCCUUCGCACCGCUGCUUGGAGAAAAUGCGUUCGCCCACAUUGACAACAUCGUCAUUUGUGGACAGGACUUCCACAGCGUACUACAGCGGGUCAAGCUCUCCCCGGAACAGUGCAGGAAACCCGGCUUCUACUUGCGCAUGGACGGGGGGGGAUGGUUUAAGGAUGAA